AUGGUCAAAUUCUACUCUUCCAAUGAAACUUACUCGUACCCUUUCUCGGCCGUCUCCCUUGCCUACUUCCUGCGCUAUCCAAACCCUUACUCCACUCACGUGCUCUCCACCGACACCAUCGCCCGCCACUAUGACCCCGAGACCCAGCGCCUAACUACCAUACGGCUACACCUUAAGCGCUCUAAACUUCCCUCUGCUGUACUCAAGCUCGUCCCUCGGUCUCUGCUUGGUGCAUCGGCAGGCGGCGAAUCGCAGUCUUACAUUCUUGAGAAGUCGGUUGUGGAUAUCAAGGAGGGAUGGAUGGACACUGAGUCCCGCAAUCUUGAAUGGACAGGAGUUUUAUCCGUCAUUGAAAGGCAGAAGUUCACUCGCCCUUCUUCGCUGACGUCUGACCACGCGAGAGUUAGGCAGGGCUCGGAAAGCCCCGCUCUACGCCACGGCUUCAUCAACUUCAACAACAAGGGCAAUGGCGUCAAGGUGGAAGACAAUGGCGAGACAACGGAUGUGACAAGCUCAGUGACGCUGCACAGUCACAUUGGCGAGACGUGGAAGAAAAAGCGCGAGGCUGCUAGAGAAGGUGUUGUGGAAGAGGAACAGCCUCAGAAGAUGGGCCUUUUGCGAAGCUGGGGCACCGCAGCUCUACAACGAAACAUUGAAAAAAUUGGGCUCUCGCGUGCGCAACGAAGUCAGCCGAACGCGCGCGAGGGCAUGAAGGUUGUGCUCGAACGCAUGCGCGAAGGCGGCCUAGUCGGCGUACUCGAGGGCAUGCGACGGGAUCGGGAAGCGAUCAUGGCAGGGCAGCCAUUGGCCGCGCCGCGUGCAGCAGAGACAGAUGAAUAA